AUGUUGACUCGCGUCCCCUCCCUCUACAACUUAAUCCUCGACCAAACAAGCGGCUCCUACUGGACGUCCGCCUUCCUCACAACAACCACAGGAACCCAAUACCUCGCUCUCUCCCACAUUCUCGGCCCAAUCUGCAAAUCCUCCCUCCUGAACCUCGAUACUCUCGAGUACAGCAACAACCUCAACUACGGAGCAGCCUCCCAAAAUGGAACCGCAUCUCCCUCCACAGCAACAGCAGGCUUCCACAUCUCAGCCGGAGGUGGAAACUGCGGUCUAGGUUCCACCUCAUCAGACCUCAUCACAGAAAUUACUUCCAAAGUCCCCCUCAACGGCGGCAACGCAGCCUUCACCUUUGGCCCAAACUUUGCAAAUUCCACAGAGUGGUCUAUCCUCGCCGGCACGACCUACGGCACCCUCACCCUCAGUAACAACGAGACCCUCACCAUCGACCCAGCCCGCUCGCUAAUCUGGUACGACCACCAAAAGGGCGCCGGCGCCCCCCAGAGAUGGACCUGGUUCCAGUUGCACUUCCCCAACUCGUCGACGAAAGCAAGUAUCUGGUCCUACGACUUCGGCGCACCCUCGCACCAGCUUUACCAAUUUGCAACGGUCCGUGUGGGUGAAGAAUCGCAGUACGUCCUGCCAUUCGACAUGGAGACGCGGGGCUGCGGCGAUUGGACGUCUCCGCGGUCUAAUAUUACGUACUCCCAGCGCUGGGAACUCAGGUUUGAGAAUGGGGAUGUGCUUGAUAUCAAGUCGGUGAGGGAGGACCAAGAGAUCUACGGGGCGCGGCAGCUGAGCGAUACUGUUUACGCGGGGUAUGUUAAUGUUUCUGGAAGGUUUCUGGGGGAGGAGGUUGGGUUUGGGGUUGUGGAGAUGAUCAAGCUGUUUUGA